CCAUGGUGAUGACUACUAUUAAGAGAAGAGAAGUCAUGGUUCCCCAAGAUCAUAGUCAUCAUUUCUUGAUUAUGGAAGAUGAUGAUGAUGAAGACCUAUUUGAGAUUGAUCUUGAUUUAGUGAAUUGCAUUUCUUCAUCAUCACCAUCAAAACCACAUUAUUACAAUACUGCCACUACAAGUAGUACUACUAAUUCUAAUUAUUCCACAGGGAAAAAGAAUGCACUCUUGGCGAAUUGCUUGAUGCCAAUUUCAGAUAUUUCUAGUGCAAUUCCAGCUUGUAAUAAGAGUAAAAAUAUUAGUAGUAAUAAUUAUAAUGUUGUUAUUUCUGAGUCUUUUUCAUUGGAGGAAUAUCUCAGGUUACCAUUUUUGGGGGAUAUAGGAGCAUUGUUGCAUGGCAAAACAAAACCACAAUUUCAAUUCAAGUUUCACCAUUAAUUAGUGACUAAUUAAUUAUGUAUUAUCAUCACAUAUA